UUAUAAAGAGCACGCUAGAGUUCUUGUAAUAAACUGUUGCAGAGCAGCAAGAUCUCACAGUACUUCUUCACAGAAAAUAGAAAGUAAAUUUUUGAAUUUACUUUAAUUGACUUUAAUUACCCAGUAACAGCAAUUACGUAUGUUUAAAGAGAUGGGAAGAACAAGCCAGGCUGUGCUGGUAAUUUUGUGUAUGUUAAGGACCGUUAAAGCUUUUGAAAUGGAAAUUAUACCUGCUGAGAGAAUUGUGGCACAGAUUGGAGACAUGCUCAUACUCACAUGCAAUACUACUGGCUGUGCAUCACCAAAUUUUUCCUGGAGAAAACAGAUGGACAGCCCCCUUGGAGGAAAAGUCAGCAACCACAGGACAUAUUCUACAUUGACUAUGAAUCCAGUUAGCAUUGUGAAUUCUCAUUCUUAUCUUUGUACUGUCAUAUGUGAUGAUGGAGAGAAAAAGGAGAAGAGUGUCAAAGUUGAACUUUACUCUUUCCCCAGUGAUCCUAUCAUUGAGAUCAGCCCAUCCUUAGUUGCUGGAGAACAAGCCACUGUCAUCUGUAAAAUUCCUGAUGUGUAUCCUUCUGAUCACCUGGAAGUUCUUCUAAAGAAAGAUGAACAUGUUCUUCAUAAGGAAGAUUUUUUGGAAGAUGACAGCAUAAAUACAGAGACCAAAAUUGUGACAUACACAUUUCAUCCCAUGGCUGAAGAUAUUGGGAAAGAGAUCACCUGUGUGGCCAGGUUACCAAUUGCUGAUAUGGAUUUUGAACCCAAAGAAAGAACAUCUUCUCAGAAACUUAAUGCAAAUUUUGGUCCACAAAAUACUGUCAUUACUGCAUCUCCAAGCAACUUGCCAAUGAAAGGAGGUUCUCUGAACCUCACUUGUGUGACUCAGAGUAACCCGCCAGCACAAAUAGUUUGGAGUAAAUAUUUGGCUGAAGAAAGCGUUCAGCAUCUGAUAAAAAACAAUGUUCUUUCUAUUCCCCAUGUCCAUUUCGGUGAUUCGGGACUGUACGUCUGUGAAGUAAUUAAUCUGGUAACUAAUAAAACAGACAAAGCAACUGUGGACAUUAUUAUACAAGGUGCCCCAGUCAUUACAAAACUCUCCAUUGAACCUUCUACAACAGUUAAAGAAGGGGAAAAUGUUUCCAUACAAUGUUCUGCUGAGAGUAACCCUCCUCCCGAUAUUAUUUUAAGGAGAAAAUCUGACAAUGCAAACAUGGGGCCUUACAGUAGCAGGAGUAUUCUUCUUCCGUCGGUGAGGUUCCAAAAUGGAGGAGACUAUGAAUGUGUGGCAGAAAAUAAGUUUGGGAACAGUAGAAGGGAAAUCACACUCAAUGUGAAAUCAAGAUUGGAAGAACCAGUGCAGAUGAUACCAUUGAUUAUCGCAUUCUCAUCUGUAGCAGCAGUAGUGGUACCUGCAGUUGCAAUUUUGAUCUACGUGUCAAGACAAGCAAAGAUCAAUGGAUCCUACAGUCUUGUAAAAGCACUCAGGUUGAAAGUCUGAUUAUGUUAAUAUAAGUCUUUAGUUGAUAAUAAGCACGUUUAUUUAUUGCUGUGACUGGUUCUACUCUUCUGUAACAUAUGGUAACAAACAAAUUACUUAAGAACAGCACCAUGUGAUAACAAAUGGGCUUAUUUUCACGUUUUGAUAAGUGAUUUGGUAUUUAAAUUAAAGGAAGAGCUAGAAUCCUGACCUAGAAAUUGGUAAAUCACUUCUGUGUUGAAGCAUUCUGAACAAAGAGCUUUGUGGAGAACUAGGUUUGUACAUAGUGUAUAAUUUGUGUUAUAAAUAUGUUCAACUAAGUAUCAGUUUGUGAAACUGAAGUCUUAUUGCAACUGUACAGAAAAAAAUUGUUAAUUCAAAGAUAUAAAUCAAUAUUGCUUGAGCUGAUCAGGUGAUUGGCUUUUUUAUAAAAAAUCAAUUAUUUUAUUUUGUAUUACUCUGUAGCAUGAAUGUUUUUUAUAUAAUUUGUCUGGUUGUGGUAAUGUUUGGAAAAUGUUCUCUUUUCACUGAUAUUGCCAUAAACUCUGUACCUCCAAUGAAGUUACACAAUUGCUGGGCUAUGCAUUUCUAACAAACUUAAACUAAUUUAAGCCUUUGAGACUCAUUUGGGAAACAUUUUAUUUUAAAUAUUAUUCAAAAAAAUGUCUGGGGUUAUAAUCUAGUAAAUUCUAGGACUGCUAAGAUAUUCUUGCUGGCUUCAAUCAUUCUCAAAUCAAUGUCAGAAUUCUGUAAUUUUGUGAUGAGCCAAAUCAGACCCUUCUUGUAAAAUAUAAGCAGAUUGUAAAUAUGCUUUACAGAUUUCCACUGCAAAAUAAAACUACCAGUAGAUUUAA